UUAAUUUUAGAUUAUUAAAACCUUUUAUAAUUAAUUGUCUAAAUUUUAAAAUUAAUAAUGAGCAAUAAAACUGGAGAGAUAGAUCCUAUACAAAAAGAAUUAGCAGGUCGUGUACGUGAAGUUGGAAAUCAUGCAAUUUGGAGUUUAUCUAGUUGUAAACCUGGUUUUGGUGUAGAUCAAUUACGUGAUGAUAUUACGGAAACUUAUUGGCAAUCUGAUGGACAACUUCCACAUUUGGUAAAUAUUCAAUUCAAAAGAAAAACAACAAUUUGUGAUAUAUGUAUAUAUACAGAUUACAAGCUAGAUGAAAGUUAUACUCCUAGUAGAAUAAGCAUCAGAGCAGGCACAAACUUUAAUGAUCUUCAAGAAAUAGAAGUUAUGGAUCUGAAUGAACCAAGUGGCUGGGUUAUCAUUCCUAUAAAAGAUAUAAAUGAUAGACCUAUUAGGACAUUUAUGAUACAAAUAGCUGUAAUAAGCAACCACCAAAAUGGGCGGGAUACACAUAUGAGGCAAAUUAAUGUUUAUAGUCCAACACAAGAUAUUCUUGGACCACCUGCUUCCUAUAUUGCAGGUCAAUUUCUUACAAAUGAAUUUUUGCGUUAUGCUACAGUUAGAUAAAAAAAUAAAUACUAUUAAUUUCUUACUAUUA